AUGCCUCAUCAUCCUGUCGUGCAUUAUCCUUCCAUGCCUGCUUCUGUCCUGCUCUCUCCAGUGUCCCCCUCUCCUGCCCAUCUCUCCCUCCCCUCAGCUGUCAUCUGGAGAGGCGCAUAUACUCAGCCUAAGUAUGAGUCGCUUUUGAGAAUUCCCAAACGCAUCUUGAGAGGCGCGUUUGUGCGCAGCCUCGCCCCAUCUGGCCACCAACUCCCCUCGCAAGGCGCGCAUGUGCCGAGCCUGUGCCUGCUCAGCACAUCGGCCCACCCCCAAGGGGCCUUCUCAGGCAACUCGCUUAACCCUCCCCCCGACCUCUCCUUCCGCCUCUCUCUGCCCCCCCCCCCACUGCAGCUCCCCUCGCAAGACGCGCAUGUGCCCAGCCUGUGCCAGCUCGCCCCAUCAGGCGAGGGCGCGCAUGUGCCCAGCCUGUGCCAGCUCGCCCCAUCUGGCGAAGUGCUUCUGGAGGCCACAGCGCCGGCUGACGGGCGCCUCUCCAUCCGCUGGGGGCUCGCUCUCGAGGUGCUGCAGAGCUUCCUGCCUGCAUCAAUCGUGCACCAGGGCUGCAAGUUCACAGGGCAGAUUCAGCAGGCCAAUGGACGUGUGACAGCCCACUUCACUCGCCACGGCCAGCCAUUCACUGCAGAGGCAGAUCUUCUGAUCGGCACGGACGGGGUGCGGUCGGUGGUGAGGCAGCAUGUGUUGAGGGAGGGCGAGGAGAGGGACAGGUGGGGGCCGCCCCGGGAUAACGGCCGCAUUAUGUGGCUCGGCGCUGCUCCCCGGGAGACUAUAAGCUUCGAGCACUCCCGCCCCUACCGCACGUGCUUCACCAGGGGCGGCGGGAGGACGGCCGCAGUGGGGGACCUUGGUGGGGCGGAGAUUUUCGUCCUGUUUGUGUGUGCGGACGAGCAGGGGAGGGGGAUGACAGAGCAGCGGUCAGGGGAUGGGGAGGAGGUGCGGGGGAAGCUGAGGGCGCUCUUUGCUGAUUGGCCUGCAUACGGGGGAGUGAUUGAGGCUGUCCCCCCCGACCUGUUUUUGGAGCGCCGAGUACUGGACGUGCCUCCUCUCCCCCGCUGGCGCAACGGCCGCAUCCUCGUCAUCGGAGCCUCGGGGAAAGAGGUACCAUUCAAAUCCACCCACCCACCUCUCCCACAUGCCGUCCCCAUCACGCCAUCAUCUGCAUCUUCUCAUCAUGCCGACCAGAUGCAGCGCAUGCAGUGCCGCCCACAUUUCCGCCCCAUAUUCCCUCCAUCUUUCUCGCAUGCUCCCAUCAUCACCAUCUUCCCCAUCAUGCCGACCAGAUGCAGCGCAUGCAGUGCCGCCCACAUUUCCACCCCAUAUUCCCUCCAUCUUUCUCGCAUGCUCCCAUCAUCACCAUCUUCCCCAUCAUGCCGACCAGAUGCAGCGCAUGCAGUGCCGCCCACAUUUCCACCCCAUAUUCCCUCCAUCUUUCUCGCAUGCUCCCAUCAUCACCAUCUUCCCCAUCAUGCCGACCAGAUGCAGCGCAUGCAGUGCCGCCCACAUUUCCACCCCAUAUUCCCUCCAUCUUUCUCGCAUGCUCCCAUCAUCACCAUCUUCCCCAUCAUGCCGACCAGAUGCAGCGCAUGCAGUGCCACCCACAUUUCCACCCCAUAUUCCCUCCAUCUUUCUCGCAUGCUCCCAUCAUCACCAUCUUCCCCAUCAUGCCGACCAGAUGCAGCGCAUGCAGUGCCGCCCACAUUUCCACCCCAUAUUCCCUCCAUCUUUCUCGCAUGCUCCCAUCAUCACCAUCUUCCCCAUCAUGCCGACCAGAUGCAGCGCAUGCAGUGCCGCCCACACUUCCACCCCAUAUUCCCUCCAUCUUUCUCGCAUGCUCCCAUCAUCACCAUCUUCCCCAUCAUGCCGACCAGAUGCAGCGCAUGCAGUGCCGCCCACAUUUCCACCCCAUAUUCCCUCCAUCUUUCUCGCAUGCUCCCAUCAUCACCAUCUUCCCCAUCAUGCCGACCAGAUGCAGCGCAUGCAGUGCCGCCCACAUUUCCACCCCAUAUUCCCUCCAUCUUUCUCGCAUGCUCCCAUCAUCACCAUCUUCCCCAUCAUGCCGACCAGAUGCAGCGCAUGCAGUGCCGCCCACAUUUCCACCCCAUAUUCCCUCCAUCUUUCUCGCAUGCUCCCAUCAUCACCAUCUUCCCCAUCAUGCCGACCAGAUGCAGCGCAUGCAGUGCCGCCCACAUUUCCACCCCAUAUUCCCUCCAUCUUUCUCGCAUGCUCCCAUCAUCACCAUCUUCCCCAUCAUGCCGACCAGAUGCAGCGCAUGCAGUGCCGCCCACAUUUCCACCCCAUAUUCCCUCCAUCUUUCUCGCAUGCUCCCAUCAUCACCAUCUUCCCCAUCAUGCCGACCAGAUGCAGCGCAUGCAGUGCCGCCCACAUUUCCACCCCAUAUUCCCUCCAUCUUUCUCGCAUGCUCCCAUCAUCACCAUCUUCCCCAUCAUGCCGACCAGAUGCAGCGCAUGCAGUGCCGCCCACAUUUCCACCCCAUAUUCCCUCCAUCUUUCUCGCAUGCUCCCAUCAUCACCAUCUUCCCCAUCAUGCCGACCAGAUGCAGCGCAUGCAGUGCCGCCCACAUUUCCACCCCAUAUUUUUCUCGCAUGCUCCCAUCAUCACCAUCUUCCCCAUCAUGCCGACCAGAUGCAGCGCCCCAUAUUCCCUCCAUCUUUCUCGCAUGCUCCCAUCAUCACCAUCUUCCCCAUCAUGCCGACCAGAUGCAGCGCAUGCAGUGCCGCCCACAUUUCCACCCCAUAUUCCCUCCAUCUUUCUCGCAUGCUCCCAUCAUCACCAUCUUCCCCAUCAUGCCGACCAGAUGCAGCGCAUGCAGUGCCGCCCACAUUUCCACCCCAUAUUCCCUCCAUCUUUCUCGCAUGCUCCCAUCAUCACCAUCUUCCCCAUCAUGCCGACCAGAUGCAGCGCAUGCAGUGCCGCCCACAUUUCCACCCCAUAUUCCCUCCAUCUUUCUCGCAUGCUCCCAUCAUCACCAUCUUCCCCAUCAUGCCGACCAGAUGCAGCGCAUGCAGUGCCGCCCACAUUUCCACCCCAUAUUCCCUCCAUCUUUCUCGCAUGCUCCCAUCAUCACCAUCUUCCCCAUCAUGCCGACCAGAUGCAGCGCAUGCAGUGCCGCCCACAUUUCCACCCCAUAUUCCCUCCAUCUUUCUCGCAUGCUCCCAUCAUCACCAUCUUCCCCAUCAUGCCGACCAGAUGCAGCGCAUGCAGUGCCGCCCACAUUUCCACCCCAUAUUCCCUCCAUCUUUCUCGCAUGCUCCCAUCAUCACCAUCUUCCCCAUCAUGCCGACCAGAUGCAGCGCAUGCAGUGCCGCCCACAUUUCCACCCCAUAUUCCCUCCAUCUUUCUCGCAUGCUCCCAUCAUCACCAUCUUCCCCAUCAUGCCGACCAGAUGCAGCGCAUGCAGUGCCGCCCACAUUUCCACCCCAUAUUCCCUCCAUCUUUCUCGCAUGCUCCCAUCAUCACCAUCUUCCCCAUCAUGCCGACCAGAUGCAGCGCAUGCAGUGCCGCCCACAUUUCCACCCCAUAUUCCCUCCAUCUUUCUCGCAUGCUCCCAUCAUCACCAUCUUCCCCAUCAUGCCGACCAGAUGCAGCGCAUGCAGUGCCGCCCACAUUUCCACCCCAUAUUCCCUCCAUCUUUCUCGCAUGCUCCCAUCAUCACCAUCUUCCCCAUCAUGCCGACCAGAUGCAGCGCAUGCAGUGCCGCCCACAUUUCCACCCCAUAUUCCCUCCAUCUUUCUCGCAUGCUCCCAUCAUCACCAUCUUCCCCAUCAUGCCGACCAGAUGCAGCGCAUGCAGUGCCGCCCACAUUUCCACCCCAUAUUCCCUCCAUCUUUCUCGCAUGCUCCCAUCAUCACCAUCUUCCCCAUCAUGCCGACCAGAUGCAGCGCAUGCAGUGCCGCCCACACUUCCACCCCAUAUUCCCUCCAUCUUUCUCGCAUGCUCCCAUCAUCACCAUCUUCCCCAUCAUGCCGACCAGAUGCAGCGCAUGCAGUGCCGCCCACAUUUCCACCCCAUAUUCCCUCCAUCUUUCUCGCAUGCUCCCAUCAUCACCAUCUUCCCCAUCAUGCCGACCAGAUGCAGCGCAUGCAGUGCCGCCCACAUUUCCACCCCAUAUUCCCUCCAUCUUUCUCGCAUGCUCCCAUCAUCACCAUCUUCCCCAUCAUGCCGACCAGAUGCAGCGCAUGCAGUGCCGCCCACAUUUCCACCCCAUAUUCCCUCCAUCUUUCUCGCAUGCUCCCAUCAUCACCAUCUUCCCCAUCAUGCCGACCAGAUGCAGCGCAUGCAGUGCCGCCCACAUUUCCACCCCAUAUUCCCUCCAUCUUUCUCGCUUGCUCCCAUCAUCACCAUCUUCCCCAUCAUGCCGACCAGAUGCAGCGCAUGCAGUGCCGCCCACAUUUCCACCCCAUAUUCCCUCCAUCUUUCUCGCAUGCUCCCAUCAUCACCAUCUUCCCCAUCAUGCCGACCAGAUGCAGCGCAUGCAGUGCCGCCCACAUUUCCACCCCAUAUUCCCUCCAUCUUUCUCGCAUGCUCCCAUCAUCACCAUCUUCCCCAUCAUGCCGACCAGAUGCAGCGCAUGCAGUGCCGCCCACAUUUCCACCCCAUAUUCCCUCCAUCUUUCUCGCAUGCUCCCAUCAUCACCAUCUUCCCCAUCAUGCCGACCAGAUGCAGCGCAUGCAGUGCCGCCCACAUUUCCACCCCAUAUUCCCUCCAUCUUUCUCGCAUGCUCCCAUCAUCACCAUCUUCCCCAUCAUGCCGACCAGAUGCAGCGCAUGCAGUGCCGCCCACAUUUCCACCCCAUAUUCCCUCCAUCUUUCUCGCAUGCUCCCAUCAUCACCAUCUUCCCCAUCAUGCCGACCAGAUGCAGCGCAUGCAGUGCCGCCCACAUUUCCACCCCAUAUUCCCUCCAUCUUUCUCGCAUGCUCCCAUCAUCACCAUCUUCCCCAUCAUGCCGACCAGAUGCAGCGCAUGCAGUGCCGCCCACAUUUCCACCCCAUAUUCCCUCCAUCUUUCUCGCAUGCUCCCAUCAUCACCAUCUUCCCCAUCAUGCCGACCAGAUGCAGCGCAUGCAGUGCCGCCCACAUUUCCACCCCAUAUUCCCUCCAUCUUUCUCGCAUGCUCCCAUCAUCACCAUCUUCCCCAUCAUGCCGACCAGAUGCAGCGCAUGCAGUGCCGCCCACAUUUCCACCCCAUAUUCCCUCCAUCUUUCUCGCAUGCUCCCAUCAUCACCAUCUUCCCCAUCAUGCCGACCAGAUGCAGCGCAUGCAGUGCCGCCCACAUUUCCACCCCAUAUUCCCUCCAUCUUUCUCGCAUGCUCCCAUCAUCACCAUCUUCCCCAUCAUGCCGACCAGAUGCAGCGCAUGCAGUGCCGCCCACAUUUCCACCCCAUAUUCCCUCCAUCUUUCUCGCAUGCUCCCAUCAUCACCAUCUUCCCCAUCAUGCCGACCAGAUGCAGCGCAUGCAGUGCCGCCCACAUUUCCACCCCAUAUUCCCUCCAUCUUUCUCGCAUGCUCCCAUCAUCACCAUCUUCCCCAUCAUGCCGACCAGAUGCAGCGCAUGCAGUGCCGCCCACAUUUCCACCCCAUAUUCCCUCCAUCUUUCUCGCAUGCUCCCAUCAUCACCAUCUUCCCCAUCAUGCCGACCAGAUGCAGCGCAUGCAGUGCCGCCCACAUUUCCACCCCAUAUUCCCUCCAUCUUUCUCGCAUGCUCCCAUCAUCACCAUCUUCCCCAUCAUGCCGACCAGAUGCAGCGCAUGCAGUGCCGCCCACAUUUCCACCCCAUAUUCCCUCCAUCUUUCUCGCAUGCUCCCAUCAUCACCAUCUUCCCCAUCAUGCCGACCAGAUGCAGCGCAUGCAGUGCCGCCCACAUUUCCACCCCAUAUUCCCUCCAUCUUUCUCGCAUGCUCCCAUCAUCACCAUCUUCCCCAUCAUGCCGACCAGAUGCAGCGCAUGCAGUGCCGCCCACAUUUCCACCCCAUAUUCCCUCCAUCUUUCUCGCAUGCUCCCAUCAUCACCAUCUUCCCCAUCAUGCCGACCAGAUGCAGCGCAUGCAGUGCCGCCCACAUUUCCACCCCAUAUUCCCUCCAUCUUUCUCGCAUGCUCCCAUCAUCACCAUCUUCCCCAUCAUGCCGACCAGAUGCAGCGCAUGCAGUGCCGCCCACAUUUCCACCCCAUAUUCCCUCCAUCUUUCUCGCAUGCUCCCAUCAUCACCAUCUUCCCCAUCAUGCCGACCAGAUGCAGCGCAUGCAGUGCCGCCCACAUUUCCACCCCAUAUUCCCUCCAUCUUUCUCGCAUGCUCCCAUCAUCACCAUCUUCCCCAUCAUGCCGACCAGAUGCAGCGCAUGCAGUGCCGCCCACAUUUCCACCCCAUAUUCCCUCCAUCUUUCUCGCAUGCUCCCAUCAUCACCAUCUUCCCCAUCAUGCCGACCAGAUGCAGCGCAUGCAGUGCCGCCCACAUUUCCACCCCAUAUUCCCUCCAUCUUUCUCGCAUGCUCCCAUCAUCACCAUCUUCCCCAUCAUGCCGACCAGAUGCAGCGCAUGCAGUGCCGCCCACAUUUCCACCCCAUAUUCCCUCCAUCUUUCUCGCAUGCUCCCAUCAUCACCAUCUUCCCCAUCAUGCCGACCAGAUGCAGCGCAUGCAAUGCCGCCCACAUUUCCACCCCAUAUUCCCUCCAUCUUUCUCGCAUGCUCCCAUCAUCACCAUCGUCCCCAUCAUGCCGACCAGAUGCAGCGCAUGCAGUGCCGCCCACAUUUCCACCCCAUAUUCCCUCCAUCUUUCUCGCAUGCUCCCAUCAUCACCAUCUUCCCCAUCAUGCCGACCAGAUGCAGCGCAUGCAGUGCCGCCCACAUUUCCACCCCAUAUUCCCUCCAUCUUUCUCGCAUGCUCCCAUCAUCACCAUCUUCCCCAUCAUGCCGACCAGAUGCAGCGCAUGCAGUGCCGCCCACAUUUCCACCCCAUAUUCCCUCCAUCUUUCUCGCAUGCUCCCAUCAUCACCAUCUUCCCCAUCAUGCCGACCAGAUGCAGCGCAUGCAGUGCCGCCCACAUUUCCACCCCAUAUUCCCUCCAUCUUUCUCGCAUGCUCCCAUCAUCACCAUCUUCCCCAUCAUGCCGACCAGAUGCAGCGCCCCAUAUUCCCUCCAUCUUUCUCGCAUGCUCCCAUCAUCACCAUCUUCCCCAUCAUGCCGACCAGAUGCAGCGCAUGCAGUGCCGCCCACAUUUCCACCCCAUAUUCCCUCCAUCUUUCUCGCAUGCUCCCAUCAUCACCAUCUUCCCCAUCAUGCCGACCAGAUGCAGCGCAUGCAGUGCCGCCCACAUUUCCACCCCAUAUUCCCUCCAUCUUUCUCGCAUGCUCCCAUCAUCACCAUCUUCCCCAUCAUGCCGACCAGAUGCAGCGCAUGCAGUGCCGCCCACAUUUCCACCCCAUAUUCCCUCCAUCUUUCUCGCAUGCUCCCAUCAUCACCAUCUUCCCCAUCAUGCCGACCAGAUGCAGCGCAUGCAGUGCCGCCCACAUUUCCACCCCAUAUUCCCUCCAUCUUUCUCGCAUGCUCCCAUCAUCACCAUCUUCCCCAUCAUGCCGACCAGAUGCAGCGCAUGCAGUGCCGCCCACAUUUCCACCCCAUAUUCCCUCCAUCUUUCUCGCAUGCUCCCAUCAUCACCAUCUUCCCCAUCAUGCCGACCAGAUGCAGCGCAUGCAGUGCCGCCCACGUUUCCACCCCAUAUUCCCUCCAUCUUUCUCGCAUGCUCCCAUCAUCACCAUCUUCCCCAUCAUGCCGACCAGAUGCAGCGCAUGCAGUGCCGCCCACAUUUCCACCCCAUAUUCCCUCCAUCUUUCUCGCAUGCUCCCAUCAUCACCAUCUUCCCCAUCAUGCCGACCAGAUGCAGCGCAUGCAGUGCCGCCCACAUUUCCACCCCAUAUUCCCUCCAUCUUUCUCGCAUGCUCCCAUCAUCACCAUCUUCCCCAUCAUGCCGACCAGAUGCAGCGCAUGCAGUGCCGCCCACACUUCCACCCCAUAUUCCCUCCAUCUUUCUCGCAUGCUCCCAUCAUCACCAUCUUCCCCAUCAUGCCGACCAGAUGCAGCGCAUGCAGUGCCGCCCACAUUUCCACCCCAUAUUCCCUCCAUCUUUCUCGCAUGCUCCCAUCAUCACCAUCUUCCCCAUCAUGCCGACCAGAUGCAGCGCAUGCAGUGCCGCCCACAUUUCCACCCCAUAUUCCCUCCAUCUUUCUCGCAUGCUCCCAUCAUCACCAUCUUCCCCAUCAUGCCGACCAGAUGCAGCGCAUGCAGUGCCGCCCACAUUUCCACCCCAUAUUCCCUCCAUCUUUCUCGCAUGCUCCCAUCAUCACCAUCUUCCCCAUCAUGCCGACCAGAUGCAGCGCAUGCAGUGCCGCCCACAUUUCCACCCCAUAUUCCCUCCAUCUUUCUCGCAUGCUCCCAUCAUCACCAUCUUCCCCAUCAUGCCGACCAGAUGCAGCGCAUGCAGUGCCGCCCACAUUUCCACCCCAUAUUCCCUCCAUCUUUCUCGCAUGCUCCCAUCAUCACCAUCUUCCCCAUCAUGCCGACCAGAUGCAGCGCAUGCAGUGCCGCCCACAUUUCCACCCCAUAUUCCCUCCAUCUUUCUCGCAUGCUCCCAUCAUCACCAUCUUCCCCAUCAUGCCGACCAGAUGCAGCGCAUGCAGUGCCGCCCACAUUUCCACCCCAUAUUCCCUCCAUCUUUCUCGCAUGCUCCCAUCAUCACCAUCUUCCCCAUCAUGCCGACCAGAUGCAGCGCAUGCAGUGCCGCCCACAUUUCCACCCCAUAUUCCCUCCAUCUUUCUCGCAUGCUCCCAUCAUCACCAUCUUCCCCAUCAUGCCGACCAGAUGCAGCGCAUGCAGUGCCGCCCACAUUUCCACCCCAUAUUCCCUCCAUCUUUCUCGCAUGCUCCCAUCAUCACCAUCUUCCCCAUCAUGCCGACCAGAUGCAGCGCAUGCAAUGCCGCCCACAUUUCCACCCCAUAUUCCCUCCAUCUUUCUCGCAUGCUCCCAUCAUCACCAUCUUCCCCAUCAUGCCGACCAGAUGCAGCGCAUGCAGUGCCGCCCACAUUUCCACCCCAUAUUCCCUCCAUCUUUCUCGCAUGCUCCCAUCAUCACCAUCUUCCCCAUCAUGCCGACCAGAUGCAGUGCAUGCAGUGCCGCCCACAUUUCCACCCCAUAUUCCCUCCAUCUUUCUCGCAUGCUCCCAUCAUCACCAUCUUCCCCAUCAUGCCGACCAGAUGCAGCGCAUGCAGUGCCGCCCACAUUUCCACCCCAUAUUCCCUCCAUCUUUCUCGCAUGCUCCCAUCAUCACCAUCUUCCCCAUCAUGCCGACCAGAUGCAGCGCAUGCAGUGCCGCCCACAUUUCCACCCCAUAUUCCCUCCAUCUUUCUCGCAUGCUCCCAUCAUCACCAUCUUCCCCAUCAUGCCGACCAGAUGCAGCGCCCCAUAUUCCCUCCAUCUUUCUCGCAUGCUCCCAUCAUCACCAUCUUCCCCAUCAUGCCGACCAGAUGCAGCGCAUGCAGUGCCGCCCACAUUUCCACCCCAUAUUCCCUCCAUCUUUCUCGCAUGCUCCCAUCAUCACCAUCUUCCCCAUCAUGCCGACCAGAUGCAGCGCAUGCAGUGCCGCCCACAUUUCCACCCCAUAUUCCCUCCAUCUUUCUCGCAUGCUCCCAUCAUCACCAUCUUCCCCAUCAUGCCGACCAGAUGCAGCGCAUGCAGUGCCGCCCACAUUUCCACCCCAUAUUCCCUCCAUCUUUCUCGCAUGCUCCCAUCAUCACCAUCUUCCCCAUCAUGCCGACCAGAUGCAGCGCAUGCAGUGCCGCCCACAUUUCCACCCCAUAUUCCCUCCAUCUUUCUCGCAUGCUCCCAUCAUCACCAUCUUCCCCAUCAUGCCGACCAGAUGCAGCGCAUGCAGUGCCGCCCACAUUUCCACCCCAUAUUCCCUCCAUCUUUCUCGCAUGCUCCCAUCAUCACCAUCUUCCCCAUCAUGCCGACCAGAUGCAGCGCAUGCAGUGCCGCCCACGUUUCCACCCCAUAUUCCCUCCAUCUUUCUCGCAUGCUCCCAUCAUCACCAUCUUCCCCAUCAUGCCGACCAGAUGCAGCGCAUGCAGUGCCGCCCACAUUUCCACCCCAUAUUCCCUCCAUCUUUCUCGCAUGCUCCCAUCAUCACCAUCUUCCCCAUCAUGCCGACCAGAUGCAGCGCAUGCAGUGCCGCCCACAUUUCCACCCCAUAUUCCCUCCAUCUUUCUCGCAUGCUCCCAUCAUCACCAUCUUCCCCAUCAUGCCGACCAGAUGCAGCGCAUGCAGUGCCGCCCACACUUCCACCCCAUAUUCCCUCCAUCUUUCUCGCAUGCUCCCAUCAUCACCAUCUUCCCCAUCAUGCCGACCAGAUGCAGCGCAUGCAGUGCCGCCCACAUUUCCACCCCAUAUUCCCUCCAUCUUUCUCGCAUGCUCCCAUCAUCACCAUCUUCCCCAUCAUGCCGACCAGAUGCAGCGCAUGCAGUGCCGCCCACAUUUCCACCCCAUAUUCCCUCCAUCUUUCUCGCAUGCUCCCAUCAUCACCAUCUUCCCCAUCAUGCCGACCAGAUGCAGCGCAUGCAGUGCCGCCCACAUUUCCACCCCAUAUUCCCUCCAUCUUUCUCGCAUGCUCCCAUCAUCACCAUCUUCCCCAUCAUGCCGACCAGAUGCAGCGCAUGCAGUGCCGCCCACAUUUCCACCCCAUAUUCCCUCCAUCUUUCUCGCAUGCUCCCAUCAUCACCAUCUUCCCCAUCAUGCCGACCAGAUGCAGCGCAUGCAGUGCCGCCCACAUUUCCACCCCAUAUUCCCUCCAUCUUUCUCGCAUGCUCCCAUCAUCACCAUCUUCCCCAUCAUGCCGACCAGAUGCAGCGCAUGCAGUGCCGCCCACAUUUCCACCCCAUAUUCCCUCCAUCUUUCUCGCAUGCUCCCAUCAUCACCAUCUUCCCCAUCAUGCCGACCAGAUGCAGCGCAUGCAGUGCCGCCCACAUUUCCACCCCAUAUUCCCUCCAUCUUUCUCGCAUGCUCCCAUCAUCACCAUCUUCCCCAUCAUGCCGACCAGAUGCAGCGCAUGCAGUGCCGCCCACAUUUCCACCCCAUAUUCCCUCCAUCUUUCUCGCAUGCUCCCAUCAUCACCAUCUUCCCCAUCAUGCCGACCAGAUGCAGCGCAUGCAGUGCCGCCCACAUUUCCACCCCAUAUUCCCUCCAUCUUUCUCGCAUGCUCCCAUCAUCACCAUCUUCCCCAUCAUGCCGACCAGAUGCAGCGCAUGCAGUGCCGCCCACAUUUCCACCCCAUAUUCCCUCCAUCUUUCUCGCAUGCUCCCAUCAUCACCAUCUUCCCCAUCAUGCCGACCAGAUGCAGCGCAUGCAGUGCCGCCCACAUUUCCACCCCAUAUUCCCUCCAUCUUUCUCGCAUGCUCCCAUCAUCACCAUCUUCCCCAUCAUGCCGACCAGAUGCAGCGCAUGCAGUGCCGCCCACAUUUCCACCCCAUAUUCCCUCCAUCUUUCGCGCAUGCUCCCAUCAUCACCAUCUUCCCCAUCAUGCCGACCAGAUGCAGCGCAUGCAGUGCCGCCCACAUUUCCACCCCGUAUUCCCUCCAUCUUUCUCGCAUGCUCCCAUCAUCACCAUCUUCCCCAUCAUGCCGACCAGAUGCAGCGCAUGCAGUGCCGCCCACAUUUCCACCCCAUAUUCCCUCCAUCUUUCUCGCAUGCUCCCAUCAUCACCAUCUUCCCCAUCAUGCCGACCAGAUGCAGCGCAUGCAGUGCCGCCCACAUUUCCACCCCAUAUUCCCUCCAUCUUUCUCGCAUGCUCCCAUCAUCACCAUCUUCCCCAUCAUGCCGACCAGAUGCAGCGCAUGCAGUGCCGCCCACAUUUCCACCCCAUAUUCCCUCCAUCUUUCUCGCAUGCUCCCAUCAUCACCAUCUUCCCCAUCAUGCCGACCAGAUGCAGCGCAUGCAGUGCCGCCCACAUUUCCACCCCAUAUUCCCUCCAUCUUUCUCGCAUGCUCCCAUCAUCACCAUCUUCCCCAUCAUGCCGACCAGAUGCAGCGCAUGCAGUGCCGCCCACAUUUCCACCCCAUAUUCCCUCCAUCUUUCUCGCAUGCUCCCAUCAUCACCAUCUUCCCCAUCAUGCCGACCAGAUGCAGCGCAUGCAGUGCCGCCCACAUUUCCACCCCAUAUUCCCUCCAUCUUUCUCGCAUGCUCCCAUCAUCACCAUCUUCCCCAUCAUGCCGACCAGAUGCAGCGCAUGCAGUGCCGCCCACAUUUCCACCCCAUAUUCCCUCCAUCUUUCUCGCAUGCUCCCAUCAUCACCAUCUUCCCCAUCAUGCCGACCAGAUGCAGCGCAUGCAGUGCCGCCCACAUUUCCACCCCAUAUUCCCUCCAUCUUUCGCGCAUGCUCCCAUCAUCACCAUCUUCCCCAUCAUGCCGACCAGAUGCAGCGCAUGCAGUGCCGCCCACAUUUCCACCCCGUAUUCCCUCCAUCUUUCUCGCAUGCUCCCAUCAUCACCAUCUUCCCCAUCAUGCCGACCAGAUGCAGCGCAUGCAGUGCCGCCCACAUUUCCACCCCAUAUUCCCUCCAUCUUUCUCGCAUGCUCCCAUCAUCACCAUCUUCCCCAUCAUGCCGACCAGAUGCAGCGCAUGCAGUGCCGCCCACAUUUCCACCCCAUAUUCCCUCCAUCUUUCUCGCAUGCUCCCAUCAUCACCAUCUUCCCCAUCAUGCCGACCAGAUGCAGCGCAUGCAGUGCCGCCCACAUUUCCACCCCAUAUUCCCUCCAUCUUUCUCGCAUGCUCCCAUCAUCACCAUCUUCCCCAUCAUGCCGACCAGAUGCAGCGCAUGCAGUGCCGCCCACAUUUCCACCCCAUAUUCCCUCCAUCUUUCUCGCAUGCUCCCAUCAUCACCAUCUUCCCCAUCAUGCCGACCAGAUGCAGCGCAUGCAGUGCCGCCCACAUUUCCACCCCAUAUUCCCUCCAUCUUUCUCGCAUGCUCCCAUCAUCACCAUCUUCCCCAUCAUGCCGACCAGAUGCAGCGCAUGCAGUGCCGCCCACAUUUCCACCCCAUAUUCCCUCCAUCUUUCUCGCAUGCUCCCAUCAUCACCAUCUUCCCCAUCAUGCCGACCAGAUGCAGCGCAUGCAGUGCCGCCCACAUUUCCACCCCAUAUUCCCUCCAUCUUUCUCGCAUGCUCCCAUCAUCACCAUCUUCCCCAUCAUGCCGACCAGAUGCAGCGCAUGCAGUGCCGCCCACAUUUCCACCCCAUAUUCCCUCCAUCUUUCUCGCAUGCUCCCAUCAUCACCAUCUUCCCCAUCAUGCCGACCAGAUGCAGCGCAUGCAGUGCCGCCCACAUUUCCACCCCAUAUUCCCUCCAUCUUUCUCGCAUGCUCCCAUCAUCACCAUCUUCCCCAUCAUGCCGACCAGAUGCAGCGCAUGCAGUGCCGCCCACAUUUCCACCCCAUAUUCCCUCCAUCUUUCUCGCAUGCUCCCAUCAUCACCAUCUUCCCCAUCAUGCCGACCAGAUGCAGCGCAUGCAGUGCCGCCCACAUUUCCACCCCAUAUUCCCUCCAUCUUUCUCGCAUGCUCCCAUCAUCACCAUCUUCCCCAUCAUGCCGACCAGAUGCAGCGCAUGCAGUGCCGCCCACGCUAGGCCAGGGCAGCAGCCUGGCGAUAGAGGAUGCGCUGGAGCUCGCGAGACACGUGGUCGCCGACCAUCCCUCCCUUGAGUGCGUGGUGUGCUGCACCUUUGCUAGCUAG